AUGCUAUCAAACUUAUAUAAGUGGAAAGCUAAAUUGAGAAGAGCAGUAAAAUAGUAUAGGAAAUUUAGGUUUCUUAAUUAAAGGAAAAAAUCUAAUAAGAUAACUAAACGAAAGCAUCAUUUUUAGAAUAAUAUAUUUCCAUAAAAAGGCUAAAGAAAUAAACAUAUAAAACAUUUUCUAUCAAAAUCAAUUAGACCUUAGGGCAUUAAAAUGAUGUUUCUACCAUUUAUUUGCCUUAAUUAGAAAUUUAAUAUCGCAUAUAUUGGAGAAGUGUAUAAAAAAGACUAAAUUUGUUUCACUUAAAUAAAUUUAAACCUUGCCUAGAUUCAUGCAUUUGGAUAAAAUGGAAAAUGAUUAGGUGCCAUAACUUCAGAAAAAAUUCUUAUAGAUUAAAAAAAUUAAUAUUUUUUAUGAAGUUAAAAUUGGGUUCAAAGAUGUUGAUUAUAUUUAUUAAAAAGUACCUUUCAAAUCCUUCAAAUAAAAAAAGGAAAUUUAGUUAUUCUUUGUAAUGGAAGCUAUAGUUUUUAAAAAACUGA